UUGCAAUCUCCCUCAAGAGAAUAUACAUAGAGAACCCUUAGAUUUCCUGGGAACUCCUACUCGGAACUUUCCAGACCUGUUCUCUCUCCAUCGCCGUCGAUCUCUCUGUUGCCAUUGAUAGUGAAAUUCUUCUUCAUCUUCUUUGUCCGAAGUUAGAUUGAAGGUCUUCCUUAUUGAAGAACCCUUGUUCUCCUCUUGCCAAUGGCGAUCGACAAGAUUUUUAAAGAUGAUGCUAGUGAAGAGAAGGGAGAGCGUGCAAGGAUGGCAUCAUUUGUCGGUGCAAUGGCAAUUGCUGACUUGGUUAAGACUACCUUAGGGCCAAAGGGGAUGGAUAAAAUUUUACAAUCUACUGGUAGAGGACAUGAAGUCACUGUUACAAAUGAUGGGGCCACUAUUUUGAAGUCAUUGCACAUAGAUAACCCGGCAGCUAAAGUUCUUGUUGACAUCUCAAAAGUUCAAGAUGAUGAGGUCGGUGAUGGGACAACUUCUGUUGUUGUCUUGGCGGGUGAACUUCUGAGGGAAGCAGAAAAGUUGGUGGCUGCAAAGAUUCAUCCUAUGACGAUAAUAGCAGGUUACCGAAUGGCUGCAGAAUGUGCGCGUAAUGCUCUACUGAAAAGAGUUAUGGAUAACAAGGAGGAUGCAGAAAAAUUUAGGUCAGACUUGAUGAAGAUUGCAAUGACUACCUUGUGUUCCAAAAUUCUCUCACAGGACAAGGAACAUUUUGCACAAAUGGCUGUCGAUGCUGUUUUGAGGCUCAAGGGUAGCACAAACUUAGAAGCUAUUCAGAUCAUCAAGAAACAUGGAGGCUCCCUAAAGGAUUCUUUUCUGGAUGAAGGGUUCAUUCUUGACAAGAAGAUUGGAAUUGGACAACCAAAGCGUAUAGAGAAUGCAAAGAUUUUGGUUGCUAAUACUGCAAUGGAUACUGAUAAAGUGAAAAUCUAUGGUGCACGUGUGCGUGUGGAUUCCAUGUCCAAGGUUGCUGAGAUUGAAGGGGCUGAGAAGGAAAAGAUGAGAGAAAAAGUCGAGAAGAUCAUAGGCCAUGGGAUCAACUGCUUUGUUAAUAGGCAGUUGAUCUACAAUUUCCCCGAGGAACUCUUUGCAGAUGCGGGUGUACUUGCUAUUGAACAUGCCGACUUUGAUGGGAUAGAACGCCUUGCCUUGGUUACGGGUGGUGAGAUUGCUUCGACCUUUGACAACCCAGAGUCUGUUAAGCUUGGACAUUGCAAACUCAUCGAGGAAAUCAUGAUUGGUGAGGACAAGUUGAUCCAUUUCUCCGGUGUCGAGAUGGGUGAGGCUUGCUCAAUCGUUCUAAGGGGUGCUAGCCAACAUGUUCUGGAUGAGGCUGAAAGGUCACUCCACGAUGCCUUGUGUGUACUUUCUCAGACCAUGAACGACACCAGGGUUGUGCUCGGAGGCGGAUGGCCAGAGAUGGUGAUGGCGAAGGAAGUUGACGAGUUGGCAUGGAAAACUGCUGGCAAAAAGUCUCACGCCAUCGAAGCAUUCUCACGUGCACUCGUGGCAAUCCCGACCACCAUUGCUGAGAACGCCGGUCUAGACAGCGCGGAAUUGGUCGCCCAGCUUAGGGCGGAGCAUCACAAUGAAGGGUCUGAUGCAGGAAUUGAUGUGAUCUCCGGAGCUGUGGGAGACAUGUCGGAGCGUGGAAUCUACGAAGCGUUCAAAGUGAAGCAAGCCAUUCUGCUGUCGGCCACAGAAGCAGCUGAGAUGAUUCUCCGAGUGGACGACAUCAUCACAUGUGCCCCCAGGAGGAGAGAAGACAGGAUGUGAUGUGAGUGAGGAAUAACAUUUUAACUUUAUCAUCAUCUCCACGUUGGCAGAAUUGGCCAAAGUCAUUUUUGAGUUAUGACUUAAUGAGUGUGGGUGUCAAAGUAGGAGGAGACUUCUUGUUUUCCCUUUGAUUGAACUGUUUGUUGGAACUUGUUUUGGAUGUUUAUUUAAUUUGUCUAAUUGUUUUAGAGUAUACCAUAAGGUUACCAAAAGAAUUACCCGAGUGUUUCGAUUUUUAAAUUAAGGUGAUUUGUAUGUUGGAUU